GAAAUAUGCCUUUCUGUAGCCGGGAGUGUGUCUCCUUCAUUAAGAUGCAGAGUUCAAAGAACAAACAAUCCAGCAGUAUUUGGACGUUCGAGUUUUGAAGCGUCAAGUUUGUAUAAAGCGUUACGGCGUCACUGAGUAAUCUAAUAACAAACUUAGUCUGCUUCGGGAUAAUGUCUAAUAAAGGCAAAUCACAAGAUGAGGCUCUCAAUAAUGAAAAUUCAAAGUCAACAAAUUCAUUCUAUCAUGAAGAGAAUUCUGUGAAAUUGGAUGGAAGUGCUCACGAUCUUUUACAAUUCCGAGAUUGUUGUGAAUCAUUACGCGAGUUCAUAAAAAAUACAUGGCAGCGUAAAAAAUCACAGGAGAAGAUUAAUGCUUCGCAGUUUGCCUUUCUGAUGAUAUCUAUCAAGGAGUUGAACAGAAGAACUCAGUUUAGGAUUCGAAAAUCUCGAGAAAUAACUGCAGAGAAUAAGAAUAAAGUGGAUCAGUUGCACUUAGGUUUGCAGAAUCUUUUAUAUGAAGUCGCUCACCUUGAAAAUGAAAUUCAAACAUGUUUAGAAUUUAGGUCUCUACAUGAAGAUAUAAAAUUAAUUCCGGUAGAAGAGUUCUAUGAGAAAACUGGGCGCAAAGUUGGAAGCUUAUCAGAACAUCAGGAGACUUUGGAGCGUCUUCAUUGGGAGCUUGAACAACGAAAGGCUUUAUCUGACUCUUGUGAUAAACUAAAAAGUGCUGUUGAAUCUACUUCACAAACAAUUAAAAAGAAACGGAAUUAUUUAGCUAGUUUUGGUCCAAAGUUGAAGGAUGUUGCUGAAAGUACUUUAAUUAUCCAGGAACUAAUGGACUUACCAUUUACCAACGAGAAUGAACAGUAUAAUUUGGCGUUUCUUCUACCUUCACCACUGUACAUUCUGUAUUCUCUCUUAAAGUCAUACAUAUCUAUGUCAGUUGUUCUUCUUGUUGUAGGAAAAAAAUCAGAAUUUUCUGUAUCAAUCGAAGGUGAUUCGGAAUUGGCCAAAGCUGUUAAUCAAACAACAGAACAAACGGAAUCCCAGUCUUCACCACAGGAAGCUGAUGAUUCUGAUGUAGAUGAUGGAGAGGGGAAUAAAAAACGCAAGAAGAAACGUUAUGCGACAGAAUGCAUCGAUGAUACAGAUAAAGAGUUUAUCAAUGAAAAGACUAUUAAAUUCCAUCCAUUAACUGUUUCGUUAACGGUUUCUGUCCCUAAAAAUUCAGAUAUACCAUUGAGUGAACGUGGUUUUAGUAUCAAAUUAUCAUUCGCUUGGAUGUUAGAUUUACAUCUGGUAACGGUGAGAUUACAGUUUUCAGCAGACAAAACUGCUUCACUUCCCCGAUCAAAAACUGGAAAUAGCUUGCUUAAUUCUGAACAGCUUUUGUCCAGUUUACAAUGGUCUUGUGAUCAACUUCGCUUCGGUGGUUGUAGUUCAGAUAUACCUAUUUUAUUUCUUCCUAAUUCACAAAAAUCGAUUACAUGGAAUGCAUGCGAAUUCGUCGGACGACCAUAUUCGUGGGCUCAACAACUAUCAGGCAUUAACUGCUUUCCAGAUAGGUUAUCUGAUAAUAAAUUAUGUGAACGAUCACCAAAAUCUGCCGAUUCAGAACAUUUUGGGGAAAUUGAAUCUUGGUUAAAAUCUCUUCAAUCGCGAAUUAUUGACAGACUAUAUCUUAUUGAAGAGCUUUCAGAAAUUGAACGCUGCAACUUGUUGUUAUCACCCGAGCAACAACAGUUAAUCCCCUCUGAUGUUGAACUUCACAUUAUUCGGUGGAAGAAUUCUGAUUUCGAAACUUUACAGUCCGUUCCUCGUGCUCAGGUUAUGAUAGCUUUAAAUGUAAUUCGUUCUGAAGACUCAGUAUUCCAGUGUCACAUUGGAAGAGAUGAAAACUAUUUUGUCACUGUAUGGGUCUGUAUCCCACCUCAGUAUCCACAUAAAGCGCCAUUACUAAUUAUGGACGGUCUAAUCAAUUUUGUCAGUCCCAGUGGUACACAUAAUACGGAGGAUGUUGUCACUGACUUAUCUGAUCUUCAUAUACAGGAAUUAGAAACUGAAGUCAACUGUUAUUGGCAAGAAUUUUUCACUUCAUCUAUAUAUCAAAAUAAUAGUCAUACGGUUGUAAACGAUGUUGAUAAUACUAAUGAUAUUACUUCUAAUAAUAUUAUAAAUUCCGAUAAGUCGUUUUAUAAUGGUAAUCAGUGUGUCGGAUUAAGUAAAUGGAAUCGAAAUAUAUUAUCUUGUCAGUUAGCUAGAUGUGCUGCUUGUAUCGAUGCAUUAUGUCGUGAUCAAAUAAUUUGGAAAAAUUCGUUGAAAUCAACAAACAGUUCAUGUGUUCGUUCUGUUAGGUAAGUAAACAUUUUUUCUAUGCUGUUUGGUUUUUUGCAUAUCUUCUUGGUGAUAUAGGAAUAAACUUUGAAAUUUUCAUAUUGUUUAAUCACUCCUCGAGCCUAAAUACUUAUUGGUCAAGUCUGAGAUUACUUUAAAUAUAUCAUGUUGAGUAUGAUUAAAUAAUGAAAUUAUUAGUCUUACAUUUUGUCUUAGGACUGAUAAUACUGUCCAGUUAUUCAAAAUUUCAUUGGUAGUUUUAAUUUCGAACCCUUAGCCUAUUGGAUGAAAGUUAUACACUUAAACAUUUAUUAUGUUCGUCAACAUUUUCUGUACAAAAUAAAGCAGUAGCUUACUAGAUUUAAAACUAUACUAAUAAGUACAAUCGUAAAAGGUUGUGAUAAAUAUUUUUCUUCAUGAAAUCUCUUGGUUCUCACACUAAAGAAUUGUAUACAAACUUCGGAUCUUGUAUUUUAAUCUGUUGGGUACAAUCUAACACGUUUAUGGAACAUGAUUAGUUGAUUUUAUUUCAUUUAACUGUUCAUUUGUACAAUAUAUAUACUGUAUUAAUUAAAUCAAAAUCAGCUGUUAGUAACUUUCCAAAUAAAUUCGUUCCCAAAAUAUGUUAAAUGGAGCAAAUUUCAAGGACAGUUAUCAGUCUGUUGGAAAAAGUUGGUAUAUAUUCGUUACAUUUACAAGCAGCUUUAAAAAUAGCGAGUAGAUUCGCUCGUUGAUUCACAGAGUAUUCUCCUUCUAACCAAUCAGUUUCCCUGUGUUAACAUCUAAGUUCAGAAUUUUACUUCAGUGUUCCUUAAACGAUUUCAAAAUUUCACUAAGUGUAAAUAUACCUUAGAAUCUAGUAGUCAGAAUUCACUUUUUGAGUUGAAGGCAGAGACACAACAUCUAGUUACUGCUAAACAAUAUUCCCUUUCUUAUGAACUAAUGACAGUAAGAAGCCUAGGAUCAACAGAACAACCUACGAGGUUAAAUCUAUACUUUUGUCUAAAUAUUUUGUGUUUCAGUGUUUGAACGUUAAAGUUGUGAACUUAUUUUUAUGAUUGUAUAUCGGGUGUAAAAAAACCCUACUCUAUUUAUAUCUUAAUAAACAAUCUUAUAUAGUGUACUCUUCCAGUUAAUGUCCUUUUUAUCUAUGGUAGGUUUUAUGGUUUAGAAUUAUUUAUUUAAAAAAAUCUUUUAUUUAAAUUAAUCAUACAUGGACAGAAAUCUCUUUUUAACAAAUAGUUUUUUUUCUCCACAUUUUAGGUUGAUAGUUUACUAUGUCAGUUUUAUUUGUGUAUAUGUAUGACCUAUAUUCUAUUUAUUGAAUUGAAUUCAGUUUUAAUGCUUCAUAGAUAACAUGUUCUUCUGUGUUGUAACUAUUAAAAAAAAAAACAACUUUUUUUCUUCUAAUAGGUAUCCAACAAGAAGUCGUCCUCUUCGUUACUUACCUUCACCGGGUGCAUUUGUUCAUCGUUAAUAAUAUCUAUAGAUUGUUUUCCACUCAUCUCUUAUUGUUUGUAUAAGUGUACUUAAACGCUUCGGAUAUUUUUGUAAAUCUUUAUUAUUAUUACUUUUCUGUUAAAAGGAAUGUAAUUUUUCCUUAUUGUCUAGUUUUUAAAAUAUAUAUAUAUAUAUAUGCUACAAUUUUUGUACUGAUAGACUCUAAACUGGAUAACAUUAUUGCAUUUUUAUGGUAAAUCUGAACUAAAUAUACAUUGGUUUGUACAUAACAUUUUGAUGGAAAAUGAUUGACGUGUCAUUUGUUUUCAACAAUAUUGGAAAUGAAUGAAAAGUUUAAUUCCUACUAGGUGGUUUUUAAAUCAAUAAAUAUCCUUCUCUAAAUGUUUAAAUUCCUUAAUAACAUUUGCUAUUUCAGUUAACUAGCUUUCUUUUUGUCAACCAAAUUAAGAAUUUUUCUGUAUAUGACCUUUGGAGGUAGAUAAAACUGUGAAUUUCAGUUUAUGUUAUAUGGAUUACUUUUUGUAUCAUUAUCAGUUGAUGGGUCGGUGAUGAAAUUCAUUUAGCUGAUUGUUUUUUUAAAAAAAACCCUAAAUUCCAUCGAAUACUACUGUAUUGAUGUGAGUUGUUUAGUUUGUGUUCAAACGAUGAUCUAUUAAAAUGUUCAUGAGUGGAGAAAAAAAAGCCUUGGGAUUAAAAUCAACAUAUUCAGAGAACGUUUGUAGAAUAAAUAAGAAUUAAAAUUUUCAGCAACAGUUUAGAUAUUCAAGCAAGUUCCUAAUGGUGUAGUCAAAUGGUUGUUUUGUCAGAAUCUCUGCUUUUUGGAGAGUGAUCCCAUCAACGUUAAGUGCUGAGAUGACGUAGUUCUUUUUGACGAGGAUUUUGAAAUAAUUCGGGUUGUUUUGGGUCUUCAGUAGCAACGCAAGUUUAUUUGGGAUUCAGUUCUGUUCCUCUAAGUUAGAAAUGUUGCUUCAGGACUGGUUUGCGUCAGUGUUUUACCUUUCGUUUUCUAAAUUUCUAGUUUAGUGUAAUUCCAUACGUUUAAUUCAAUAUUAUGUUUAUCUUCCGGAUUAUAUCUUCUAUGUUUGGCACUCCACCACAGUUAUUAUUUUAGUUUCCUUACUUUUCAUCGCUUCAAUUUAUUUGCAAUGUGUGGUAACUUGGGCGGUAAUGCACUUAUGCCAGGCCAUGAGUUAUCUCUGACUCACUACCUAUCGGGGAUGAAUAGACUUCUGAAUUUCGACUGUCGUAAUAAUUAUUAAUUUUAUACCUGUUAGCACGUCAUACAAAAGUUUCUUUCAUCGGAAAUUCAUGAUUGCCAUUAGUCGUUAUUAAUCGAGCCAAUAUUGAUAUGAUCUAGUUGCAAAUGACCGUUCCGUGCUGCACUGUGUCCUCGCCCUCUCGAAUACAGAUUGUACGAAGUUGAUUUUAUUAUAUGUUCUUGGGUUGUUGCUGCCGCGGAAAAAUGAAGAAAAAAUAUAAAGACUAUCUUUCAAAAGAACGGCUACCCAAUCAAGUUCAUCAAAAAAAUCAAACAAAAGCAUUAGCAGAAACAAAAUCAGGUACAGAAACCAACAAACGGAUCAUCUUACCAUAUAUAAAAGGCAUAUCAGAAAUUAAGAGAUUGUUGAAGCUUUUUGAAAUAGGUUAACACACAAAUUAAAAUCACUUCAAUCGAUCCCAUGCAAAUUAAAGGUCGUAAUGACAAAUUAAGGAAAGUUGAACAUCUACAAAAUAAAUUGUUUUAACUAUGAAAAUCUCUACAUCAGACAAAGCGGACAGCCUCUUCAUCUACGCCUGCAUGAACAUCAAUUAGCGGUUAAACGCCAUGACAUUUUCGCUUAUAUCAAUCGAUGUGGACAUACGUUGAACUGGGGAAAUGUUGAGAUCUUAGAUCGAGGGCAUACCAAAAGCACCAGGGAAUUUUUAGAGGCUUGGCACUCAGGUCAGUCAACAAACACACUGAAGUCGAUCCAAUUUAUCAAUCAAUCGAAAAAACUAUGGGCAAAUAUAGGACCAAGAAUCAAAUGAAAGAGAGAUACAACCAAAAUAAGGAAGUGAUAAGUUAAAGAUCAGUAAUGAUCAACUAAGAUCGAGGUCUACAAGACACUUCACUCCUACCUGAAGUUUGUGCUGAUGAUGUCCGGAAGAACGACGACAGCUCCAAGACUAAACCAUCCAGCUUAGCGAAUAAAACUUCACUAAAAUUAUUUGACAUUUCUAACCAUUUGUUUUAUCAUGUUACUUGCCGAUAACGGAUCAAAUGUCAGGUCAACUAGUGGUCCCUUGUUAUAUUAGUUUUAGUAGAAGUGAGGUUAGUAUUGAUUUAAUGUGCAAAUUAUUUUUAAUCAAAAUUUUAGCGAUUAAGUCAACAAAUAAAUGUAUCCAUAUUCGGUUUCAACAGUAUUGCUUACGCUUUUCAGUGAUUUGUAUAGUUUGACUCAGUGUAGCAUUGAAUACCUGUCUAUUUUU